UCAAUGUAUGAAGAAAAUUACACUGAGGUAUCUGAAUUUGUGUUUCUAGGACUUUCUGCAUCUAGACCAAUACAGUAUGUUCUCCUUACCUUCUCUACAGUGUUUUACAUAACAACUUUUCUGGGAAACAUUUUUGUUGUAUUUACAGUGGUCAUUGACCCUCACUUACACUCCCCCAUGUACUUCUUUUUAGGCAACCUUUCAUGCAUUGAUUUAUUUCUUUCUACUUUAACAGUUCCUAAGAUGAUUUCUGACAUAUAUUCUGGGCACAAUACCAUUUCAUUUAAGGGGUGCAUCCUCCAGAUAUUUGUCCUUCAUGUACUGGGUGGAUCUGAGAUGGUGCUCCUCAUAGCCAUGGCAUUGGACAGAUAUGUGGCCAUAUGCAAGCCCUUGCACUACCUGACCAUGAUGAGCCCAUGGACGUGCAUUUUGCUUGUGUCAAGUGCUUGGGUUAUUGGUCUCAUUCACUCAAUUGCCCAGCUAGCUUUUGUCAUUCAUUUACCAUUUUGUGGUCCAAAUGAAAUAGAUAGCUUUUAUUGUGAUCUUCCUCAAUUUAUAAAGCUUGCUUGCUCAAACACCUACAGAAUGGAGUUCAUGGUUACUGCCAAUAGUGGAUUCAUUUCAACAGGCACCUUCUUCUUACUGAUCAUCUCCUACGUCUUCAUCCUGGUCACUGUGUGGAAACGCUCUUCAGGAGGGUCAGCCAAGGCCCUUUCUACUCUCUCAGCUCACAUAUCUGUAGUAGUUUUGUUCUUUGCACCAUGCAUUUUUGUUUAUACAUGGCCAUUUCCCACAGUGUCAGUGGAUAAGUUUCUUGCCAUUGUGGACUUUAUGAUUACACCUAUCCUGAAUCCUGCCAUUUACACACUAAGGAAUAAAGACAUGAGGCUUGCAAUGAAAAGACUUACUAGUCAGUUACUGAGUUUGGGAAGUUUCCUAAAAAAUUUAUAA